GCAUCGAGAAGUUCAAGGGUCGCUACCUCCACAGCCGAGACUACAAGGAUGCCCAGGAUUUCACAGACAAGAGGGUUGUUGUAAUCGGGAUUGGGAAUUCAGGGUUGGACCUGGCUGUGGAGAUCAGCCAAACAGCCAAGCAGGUCUUCCUUAGCACCCGUCGGGGCGCAUGGAUCCUCAAUCGUGUUGGAAAUGAGGGAUACCCCAUCGACAUCGUCUUCACCACCCGCAUGAAGAUGUUCCUGAAGAAGCUGCUGACCCCAUCCAUGGCAAGCAACUUCGUAGAGAAGCAGCUGAAUGCAAGGUUUGACCACUCGCACUACGGCCUGAAGCCAAAGCACAGGAUCCUUGACCAGCACCCAUCCAUCAAUGAUGACCUGCCCAACCGCAUCAUUUCAGGCAGG